GAUGACAUUCAUCUUUAUAAUCUUACACUACUAUCACUUCAUGUGAGCGAAACUCCUCUUUACUCUCUCUUUCUCGCAUGUCUAAGAUUCUUUUGUCUCGCAUUAAACCUGUUCACAGUCGGAAACCCACUUCUCUUUCACACUUUCGCCUUACUCCCCGCCUCAAGGAACUCGUCAAUGAAACCAUUGAAAUCCUCAAAACCCACCCACAGUAUGACCAGUUGCUUGAAAAUCGUUUCGCCGAUGAAGAAACCCAAGUUUCAGAGGUUGCCCAUUUCGUUUUUGACAAAAUUCAUGAUGUGGAACUGGGUGUCAAGUUUUUUGAUUGGCUUUCUAAACAACCCAAGAGCUCUUCUUCUCUAAAUGAGUUUGCUUGUUCUUCGUUUUUGAAGCUUUUAGCCAGGUUUAGAGUGUUUUCAGAGAUUGAGUUGGUGUUGAAUAGUAUGAGGUUAGAAGGUAUAAAGCCAACCCAUGAAGCGUUGAGUUUUGUUGUACGGGCUUAUGCGUGUUCUGGGUUAGUUGAUAAAGCCUCUGAGUUGUAUGAUUACGUCAUUGAAUUACAUAAUUGUGGUCCUGAUGUUUUUACUUGUAAUUCAUUGCUUGAUUUGUUAGUGAAGUGUAAAAAAUUUAAACUUGCUCGUAAAUUGUAUGAUGAAAUGUGUAAAAGAGAGGAUGGUUUGGAUAAUUAUACUACUUGUAUCAUGGUGAGGGGUUUGUGUAAAGAAAGGAAGGUUGAAGAGGGUAAAAUGUUGAUUGAGGAGAGGUUUGGAAAGGGAUGUAUACCUAAUAUUGUGUUUUAUAAUACACUCAUUGAUGGGUAUUGCAAGAGAGGUGAUGUUGAAAUUGCUAGUUUGCUUUUAAGGGAGUUGAAGUUGAAGGGGUUCUUGCCUACACUGGAGACUUAUGGAGCAGUGUUAUACGGGUUUUGCAAGGAUGGGAAUUUCAAGGCAAUUGAUAAACUUUUGAUGGAAAUGAAAGAGAGGGGUUUGACUGCUAACGUUCGAGUUUAUAAUAAUAUAGUUGAUGCUAGAAUUAAGCAUGGUUUUAAGGUUAAAGUAGUAGAGACUGUUCAGUGGAUGAUGGACAAUGGUUGUGAGCCUGAUAUGGUUUCCAUUAAUACUUUGAUUUGUGGCUUGUGUAGGGAUGGGAGAGUUGAGGAGGCUAGUCAACUAAUAAAACAGGCAAUGGAAAGAGGAUUAGAGCCAAACAAGUUCAGUUAUACUCCUAUUAUACAUGUCUGCUGUAAACAAGGGGAAUAUAUCAGGGCCUUAAAUUUGCUUAUUGAGAUGACAGAAAGAGGACAUAAACCUGAUUUGGUCACUUACGGAGCUCUUAUUCAUGGACUUGUUACUGCAGGGGAGGCGGAUGUUGCUAUGACUGUUAGAGAUAAAAUGAUGCAGAGGGGAGUGUUGCCUGAUGCUGGUAUUUACAAUGUUUUGAUGAGUGGACUUUGCAAGAAAGGGAGGCUUCCUGCUGCGAAGAUCCUGCUUGGUGAGAUGCUUGACCACAACAUACUACCUGAUGCUUUUGUUUAUGCAACUCUAAUAGAUGGCUUCAUCAGGAAUGGUGAUCUUGAUGAGGCGAAGAAACUUUUUGAGCUGACAAUUGCUAAGGGAAUGGAUCCUGGUGUUGUGGGAUAUAAUGCCAUGAUAAAGGGUUACUGUAAAUUUGGAUUGAUGAAUGAUGCACUGUCGUGUCUGAAUAAAAUGACUCAGAAGCAUCAUGCCCCAGAUGAGUUCACUUUUUCGACAAUUAUUGAUGGCUAUGUAAAACAGCAUGACUUAUCAAGCGCUCUGAGGAUGUUUGGAAAGAUGGUGAAACAGAAAUGCAAACCAAAUGUUGUCACAUACACUGCUUUAAUUAAUGGGUUUUGCCGCAUUGGAGAUUCUGAUAGGGCUGAGCGAACUUUCAAAGCGAUGCAGUCUUGUGGUUUGGUGCCCAAUGUAGUCACAUACACUAUAAUUAUUGGGAGCUUUUGUAAGCAGGGAAGAGUUGCAAAAGCUACUUCCUUUUUUGAACUAAUGCUGAUGAACAAAUGCAUUCCCAAUGAUGUUACCUUCAAUUAUUUGGUAAAUGGCUUCACAAAUAAUGCACCCAAUGUUGUUUCCACCAAUGAGUCUGAGGAUGACAAUAAGCCUAUAUUUCUGGAAUUCUUUGGAAGGAUGAUAUCAGAUGGCUGGGGUCAUAAGGCUGCCGCCUAUAAUGCCAUCCUCAUCUGCCUUUGCUGCCAUGGAAUGGUUAAAACUGCUUUGCAAUUGCAUGAUAAAAUGGUUAUUAAGGGCUUUCUUCAGGAUCCCGUAUCUUUUGCUGCCCUGCUUUUUGGUGUUUGUUUGGAAGGAAGGUCAAAGGAAUGGAAAAACAUUAUACCCUGUAAUUUGAAUGAACAGGAACUCCAAAUUGCUGUCAAGUAUUUACAGAGUUUAAAGCAGUAUCUGCUCCGAGGAAUGACUUCCGAAGUUGCACUUUGUUUCCAUAAUUUAGUGGAAGACCUCAAGUCUCGGGACCAGAAACUUGACAAUUACAAGGUCUCUGUAAGAUAGGAUAGGGGGCAAAUGUAAAAAACUGAUCUGGGUUCUGAGAAAACAAAAGAAUAUCUGAUGUUGGGCGUGCAAGUCAGCCUCCCUUGAAAAGCUUAAUGUCUCUUUCAUUACUCCUCAGCAUGGUUACUUUCUUGAUUAGGGUCUGCGGAUGAAUGCUUUGAACACUUUGUUGUCUUCUGACCUAACAAAUGGCCCUGAAGAAUGAGGAACUAUUACAUAUCUGUAGUUUUUUGCAUAAAUCAUGGUAGGUAAUUUUCAUUUGUUUAACACUAUACAUUCAAAGAAUCUGCAAUAUCACCCUUGUGUUAACGGGCUAGUCUUGAUAUAUGAUGCUAGACCGGCAGUUCAAUGCGACAUGUAUAUUAGCUGUAAUUUUGUUGCAUCACAGAGAUCGUGUAGACUACUUGCAGUAUACUGAACAGGACAUGGGUCUUCUUAUGGAGAAGUUGGCAUGGCAUAUCUGAAGUUGCCUGUAGUACCUGCUCAAAUCCUGCAACAAUUCAUUAAAGGUCAAAGAUGGAACAGCAGUAUCGUCAUUGUUAAACCCAAAGUAGAUCUUGCU